UUACUGUGUACAAGCAUCAAACAAGAAAUGCAGGCCUAGUACAAUAGUAUACAUCAUCAAUCAAAAUGUAGAAGUGAUUUGGUGGGCCAUGACAUGCAUAGUACACAGUAGAAAUGAACAGUAGAACUCAAGAAGUUUGACGGACCACAGUAGCACAAGAUUAUUUCUGAAAGAAGAGAAGAAUUGUUAGGUUGGUUGGCACUGAGAGAAAAAUGAGUGUGUAACAGCAAAGAGAGGUCUGUUAGAACAGUUGGCAAAUGUGUCAGUUAAAAAUUAGGAAAAAAAAGAAGAAAAAGUUAUGUCAAGCUUGGUCUUCAAGAGAAGAACAAGAACCUCUUCCAAUCUAGUGUAUGUAGUACUAGUAUGUGAAAUCAUUUAUUAAUUGGAAAUAUAAAAAAAGCAUAGUGUAUAGGAAUGAGUGUAUGUAUUACAUUAUUUUAAAGGAAAGGAAAUUACAAGGAGUAAAGUAUGGGGAAAAAAGGGGUAGGAUUAGGUUCUGUAAUAAUUUAAGCAACCAUUUCUGUAAGAGCAGUUGGCAGUAGUUAGUAUGUCUUUUAAAAUCAUAGAUGUCACCAUUUUGCUUGGGCAGAGUUCCUUUCUGUCAAAUAGCAAUCAAACACUUAGCUUCGGUUAAAAACAUUUCAUUGGGUGUUGCCUUUUUGAAGGUGCACACGAACUGAGUUCAGAACAACAUUUGUGGAUCCUCUUUGUAUUUUCUUGAAAAUGGGUACUAAGGAAAAUGGUGAUACUUCCUUCAAUUCCCUUUCUACAGGGAUGAUUAAUAGAGCAGAUUCAAUGAGCAAUGUUGACCCUUUUAGUGGUUCUGGUUGGGAUCCACUUCUUUCAUUGAAUCACAAGGGUAAUUUUAAAGGAUCUUCAGUUGUUGGUCACAAUGAGUUUGCUAAUUUGCCUUAUCAAUCAUCUCACUUUGUUAACUAUCCAUCUGAUUCAAAUCUGGUUGACAUGGUCCCAAAGAUUCCAUCUUUUGGAAAUGAAAGUUACUCAGAAUUAGUCAAUACUUUCCCUUUACAAGAACAGCUUAGAGGGGCAAAUUGUUAUGCUAACUAUGUCAAGAAUAGAGGAAUUGCCACUGAAGGAGAAUGCCAAAUUUCUGGUGAAGGUGCUGUGGAGGUUUCACCUAAUGGGAAGAGAAAAAUAUCCAAUGCCAACAAGACUGUUGAAGGGGAGCUGCAGAAGGCUCCAUCAAGGGAUAGUUCAGACUGUUCAAAAGAACAAGAUGGAAAAAGACUCAAAACAGACCAAAAUAAUAGCUCUAAUUUAAGGAGCAAGCAAGCAGGGAAACAAGUUAUUAAGGAUGACUCUGAUGGUGGGGAAAAUCCCAAGGAUAAUUAUGUUCAUGUUAGGGCUAAAAGAGGGCAAGCCACAAACAGCCACAGCCUUGCAGAAAGGGUGAGGAGAGAAAGGAUCAGUGAGAGGAUGAGAUUGCUUCAAGAACUAGUCCCAGGCUGCAAUAAGAUAACUGGGAAAGCUGUGAUGCUUGAUGAGAUUAUCAACUACGUGCAAUCGCUGCAACAGCAAGUUGAGUUCCUGUCAAUGAAACUUGCUACUGUAAAUCCAGAGCUGAACUUCGAUAUUGAUCGUAUUUUAUCAAAAGAGAUGCUCCAUCAGCAAACUAGCAAUGCAGCUCUUCUUGGUCUUGGUCCAGGGCUGAGUUCCUCUCUUCCUUUUCCUGGAAUUUCACAUGGAAGUUUUCAUGGUAUCCCAGGAACAACGCAACCCUUCCACCCCUUGCCCCAGAAUUUAUGGGACAAUGAGCUUCAAAGCCUUCUUCAAAUGGGAUUUGAUUCUACUUCAUCUAUGAACAAUAUGGGACCAAAUGGGCGGUCAAAGUUGGAUCUGUAGAUUUUUGGGACAUGUUUGUCAUAAUCAGAAGAUUCAAUUACCCCAAUUGACUGCAAAAUCUGUUUGCAUACCUGGACAGAAGAUAUAGUGAAAAUUUACUUUACUUUUCUGGAGUUGUAUAGGAUAUUAGCUCCUAACUCAUUUUGUGUUCUUCGAGUUUUAGCAGAAGAGAUUAUUUUAGAUUUUAAGAAAUGACUGUACAUUGAAAACAAGUCAUCAUUUGGGGAAAGAUAGCUUGUUUCAAUUAUGUUUGUGCAAGUGUAAGAAUUUGUUUCUAAGCUUUACGAGGAUUUUUUGAGAGAAGAACACUACUAAUUUUCUUGUAAAGUCUUGUGAUAUCGGAAAUGAGAUGGAAUGGUACAUCAAUAUAUUAGUGCUUUCUCUUUUUCUGAGACAAA